GUUGGAUGGGAAGACUGAGAAGUGGCUGCUGUAUCCGUGACAGACUGAAGGGACUGAAGUAAAGCAACAAACCACGGAGACAAGCAAAGCCUCUAGGGGGCCAUGUCUGGCAGCAGCAGUGCUAACAACAGCUGGACCAUCCUCACUCCUGAGGAGACUGUCGCUGAAACCCUGAGGCCUUUGGCAGAAGGGAAAGAGAACCAUGAUGAAAGCCUUACAUCUGCAGGUUCUGGGGAAAACCAGCCUGCAAACUGUGCAGAGUCUGCAGAGGGGCUCCCUGUGGAGGGCCACCUGGUAUCAGAAGAAAAAACUGCAGAGCUAAGUGGAGACACAAGCGCAGAGCAACACAACAACAACACCGCCGUCACUGAUGCUUCUGUUCCCUCGUCUUCGGACGUCUCGGACAGCUUUGUCACUGGUGAUGCACUCAGCCAGUCAGAGGGCCUACCUGAGGGCCCGGCGCUGUCGGGACCCGACCCCGAUUCAUUUUCUGACUCCUACACCCACAUGACCCCCUCCCCUGAUGAGCCUUCAGCCUCGCUGCUGAGCACAGAGACUCUGGGAGGGGAGGAGUCUACACAGGAAGGAACACCGUAUCCGCUUAACGGGGAGGGGCUACAACCAGAAGGGGAGGAGCCAGACCUGUUUCCGAGGACAAGUGACUUAUGGAAACAGGCAGACUCCCUUGUGGAUUCAGAGGUGGGUGAGGGGAGAUCUGAGAAGAUAGGAGAGGAGGUCGAGCCAGAGCUGAGGAGAAGGAGGUCUCUCUUAGCAGCUCUGGAGCGGAUCGGAAGGACAGAGGAGGAAGAGGAAGUAGAGGAAGAGUUCCAGCUGCCACAACGGGAGGAAGACAGCGGGUUCUCUGUGAACAAGUGCAUCCUGGGUGCUGUCAUUCUGGUAGGCCUUGGCACCAUCUUUUUAUCAGGUGUCUUCAUGGACCUGAAUGAGGAGAGUGACUAUGGUACGAUGGAGCUGAAAGAUGCAGAGGCACCAGGAAAACAGGAGUGGCUUAAUCCAGAGGUUCCUCCACUCCCAGUAGAUGCUGACAGUACAGAGCUUCUAAAUAAGUUAGCCAAAGGGAACCAGCAGAUAACUGUGCUACAAGCCCAACUUCAGGUACAGGAAGAAGAGCUUAAAGUAGCCAAGGUACAAGCAGCAGAGGGCGCAAAGGAGCAACUGCAGUGGGAGGAGAUGGAGAAGGAAAACAGUAGGUUGAAGAAAGAGAUGGCAUCUCUCCCUGUCCUUCAGAAAGAGAACGAGAGGAUGAAGAGAGAGCUGGAGUGUGUCCCGGCCCUACAGAAAGAACUAGAAACACUGAGAUCCACUGUGACUGAAUUAAAACUCCCCUCAGCACCAGGUGAAGCAGCUCAAGCAGCUGUGAAGCCCACCACACCGCCCCCUAGUGGCCAGCCAGAGGAAAGCAUGCAGGGCUCAGCUGGAUCUACAGAGAGCCAGCCUAAGAAGCUAUGGGAUGAUCCGAGGGAGAAGAAGAAAGAUGUAAAGAAGGAUAAAAUCAACGUGGGCGAGAAGAAGAAGAAGGAGAAACAGAGAGAUACAUCUGAAUGGAAGGAAGGAGAGAAAAGGGAGCGCAAAGAUGGAGGUAAAACAGAAUUGAAACAGGGAAAACAUGAGCAAGGGAAGUUUGACAAGGAGAAAGAUAAGGAAGGUAAGCAAAGGAGACACGGUGAUGAGACAAAACAAUGGAAGGAGAAAGAGCUGAAGAAAGAAAAGGCUAGCAGGGGUGAGGAAGGAAAGUCGUGGAAGGAUAGGGAAGGGAAGAAAGAGUGGAUAGAAAAGAGUGAGAGAAAAGAAAGGAAGGAGGAGAAAGACUGGAAAAAGGCAAAGCAUGAGGACGUUAAGGAGGGUAAACAAUGGAGUGGUAAGGAGGAAAAGAAGGAUCGGAAGGUAGGAAAAGACCAUGGAGAGAAGCACAAGGGCAAGGAGGAAUGGAAGGGAGAGAAGGAAUGGAAGAAAGGAAAAGAUGGCUAUGGAGAAAGUGCCAAAGAGAAAUGGGAGAAGAAAGAGAAAUGGGAGAAGAAAGAUUGGAAAGAGAAAGGGGAGAAGAAAAAAGAGGGUGACUGGAAGAGUAAAAACGGCAAAGAUCGUAGUAAAGAAGGGAGAGAAAAUGGUGAAAGGAAACAGUGGGAAGAGAGCAAAAAUAAUGGCAAAGAGAGGAAGGGGAAGGAUGAGAGGAAACAGUGGAAAGAGAACGAGCAUAAGAGUAAAGAGGAUAAGGAGUGGAGGAAGAGAGAUGAGAGGAAACAGCGGGAGAAGAAAGAAGAACCGUGGCAGAGAGGAGAGCGAGACAAGAAACACAACGGAGAUUGGAAAAAGGACCGAUCAAGCUCCAAGAAUCACAAAGAUGAGCACAAACUUACAGGUAACCACGGCAACAAGGGAGAGCAUCUGUGGGGAGACGGGAAGCUUCCUCACUCACACAGCCGACCCCCCCUGGAACAGCAGGACUACUGGGUCCGGCAGAGACUCCGCCUCCAGCACAACACCAAACCACCACAGCAGUGCGACUCACUGGAGACGUGUGCUCAGGCCGAGGGGCUGAUCCCGGUCCUCUUCCCAGAGUUCGAGGCCAUCCUCCAAACUUACCUCGCCAAGGCAGAGGAGGCGGGAGUGGAUGGUUCCAAAAGAGAAGAGGUCAAAAAGCUAGCCUCCGAAUUCUUCAAGGACGGAGUGUUUGUCCACGACCAGACGAGCUUUCAAGAGUACGUCGAAGAUUUGGCAGAUAUUCUGGAAGACAUGGUGGAUGGAGACGAGGAGGAGGAGGAGGAGGACGAAGAUGACGACAAGGACGAGGAGGAAGAGGAUAGUGCCAUAGAGGAAGAAAUGGAGGAGUUUGAAAGAGAAGUCAUGAAAAGGUUUUCAGUGCCAGGAGCUGUAGAGAAAGAGGAGAAAUCCAAAGCGGAGUGGAGGAAAGAGAGCGGACGAGGACGUGGCUGAUGAAGUCAUAGAAUCAUCAGAUGUAAAUGUAGCUUAAAUGUAUACUUUACCUACAAAAUGACCUUUUUUAUAUUAAUUACUCACCUCCUGUUACCUUGAAUUCAUGUAAGAAACAGUGUUAUCCUCACAUGGCUCCACGGUGAAGAAAGGAUCAAAACACUGAGGAAAGUCAUGAUGAAUUGAAAAAACAAAAACAACUUUUCGUAAAGAAUUCAAGGUAACGCGGUGUGAGUCAUUUAUAAACAAGUGGCCAUUUUGUGGUUGAAGUAUAAGAGCAGCCAUGACGGAUGAGAGGUUAUUCAAAGGGAACAUUUUAUAUUGGACCACCAUCGCUUGCAAGCAUACAUUUAUCAUCCUGUCCCCCUUUUUACUGGAUCUCAUUUGACCCCUUCCAUCUGUCCAUGAAGUUCAAUUUAAAAUGUAAUGUCACUGUUUUGGGUCGUUUUUGUAUUUUACUUGUGCACAUGCACACUAACUAGAACUUUAAUAAUGGAGAAAGUUCUUGCAUCUAAAUAAUGUUUUGGGAUGGACUUAAGACAGAAGAAGAUAAGAGGCUACAGGUACUAGUGGAGCAUAAUGCAAACAUUAAAUAGCCUUUAAGCGCUCGUUCUUCUAGUGUUCAAAGGAAUAGAUACUGUAUAGUCUUAUAUACACACCUACACGUGUUCCUCUGCAAACUGCACUGAUGAAGUCCACCCACUCACUGGUCCUACACUGUACCUACAGUAUGCCAUCGUUAUGUAUUAAUUGCUUUAGUCGGGCACUUAAUGUCAGAUUAUCUUUAAAUCAUAGGUUUAUAGAAAGCGUGGUGUGAACUGCUGAAAACAAGCUGAGUGAAUAGUUUAAAUUAAUUUAGAGAAGUCUGCAUUGCUUUUGUUUUGAAUGUACAUAUUGCAUUAAAAGUGUUUAAAAAAACUAUGCAGAAAUAUAUAAUUAACUUAUUUUAAAAAGGUUGGCAUAAUAUAGAUACAAAUAUAAUUGGUUGGCACAAUAGAUAUCGACAUGUUGAGCAUGUAUGUUUCUUUUCAGGUACAGAACUCAUGUGCACUAAACAUUUGCUUAAUUAUUGUUUUAUUAUGAAUGUAACAUUUGUUUUAAUUGAUUAGGUUGGUCAUGGCACUGAGGUCAUGUUUUUCUUGCCGUCUGUUUACACGCUAACUUAUUAACUCAAGGGGUUACUGCCACGUAGGAAUUAUUUUUCAGAGGGCGUAAAUGCAGAAACAUGUAAUGUGGCUUUGUGGCCAAAUAGAGAACUCUGUUUGUUAGGAUGUCCAUAUUUGACCUUGUUACUGUCAAAAGAGCGGAAUAAUAAAUUUGGUUCAUCCCUGUGAUAAAAUAACUGGCUUUUGUCUUUUUUAUCACUCCCUUCGCUGCCUGUAAACAUCCACCCAUUUUAUUAGACACAGUGAUUCCAGGUCUUCAUCUGAAUUUGAUGCUGUUUGGUUUACCAGUCCUGAUAACUGUACCGUCAGAACACAGUGAGAUCUUUUGUUUUGUUCAUAAUUAAAGUUAACGGUUGUUUUGAAAAGUUGUCACACUAAUGUCUGUUGAAAGUCAGUGGAAUCUGUAAAAAAAAAACUGCUGUUACUUAUUUUCCGACAGAUCUUUGACACAUGAGUGAUGUAUUACUGUUUGUUCGCAGAUGAAUCAACGUCUUUCCCCUUGGAUCGCCUUUGCCAGACUUCUCCUCUGGGAAACUUUUUCUGCAGUUCCUUUUUAGAAUGCCCUUUAACUGGAUGGGUGGAGCAUGGGUGGAGCAACAACUUGGCUGAUGGUAGCAGAGGAAGAGAAGAAAGAAACGAUGACUUCACGUCUUUAAGUCACAGCUGCACUCUUCCUUCCUCAACGAUGGCCGAGGGAAUGUAAGGAGAAGAACUGAAGACUGCUGUUUCCGUCUGUGGUUUCCUGAAUGAAGGAAUUCAUCCAGUAAACCUCUUCUGCCAGAGA